GAUCUGGGAACUAAGGGCAAAGGCUGAGUCUUCCUGUCGCCGAGAUCAACUUGGAGCCUGAUGUGGAAACAGACUCAGACUCAGAGGGAAGUUACAUUAUUGUAACUAAGGGACCCAGGCCAGUGGUGUCAUGAAAAGAACACACCCUAAAUACAGUUGUCUCUUCUAAGGUCUGACGGAGCAGAAUCUGAAGAGGCUAGGGCUCUUCUGGGCGGGAAUGACGUGGGAUUUCCGCUUCAGCACGUACUGAAUAGACACACUGGAAUCGAGUUUGGUUGGUGCUCCGGUUUUCAGAUGUUGGAAGGCAGUAAGACAGACCAUACUCUCCGGGAUUUUAUAUCCGUUUGGAGUGCCGUGAUUGACAUUGAACUUCGGUUGCUGUAACUCUCGCCUGUGUCCCUAGAGUUAAACUGGAGGUUUGCUUUGAAGGAUUAAAAAAAAAAAAAAAAAAAAAGUGCAGCCGACUCCACCGGACAUAAAUGGAUCUAAAGACCGCAGUGUUUAACGCAGCUCGAGAUGGCAAACUCCGGCUUCUCACCAAGUUGUUGGCGAGCAAAUCCAAAGAGGAGGUUUCCUCCUUGAUCUCUGAGAAGACAAAUGGGGCCACGCCACUCCUGAUGGCCGCCAGGUAUGGGCACCUUGACAUGGUGGAGUUUCUCCUGGAGCAGUGCAGCGCCUCCAUAGAGGUGGGGGGCUCGGUCAAUUUCGACGGCGAGACCAUCGAGGGGGCCCCGCCGCUGUGGGCCGCCUCCGCCGCAGGGCACCUGAAGGUGGUUCAGUCUUUGUUGAAUCACGGCGCGUCCGUCAACAACACCACUUUGACCAAUUCCACCCCUCUCCGAGCCGCCUGUUUCGAUGGCCAUUUGGAGAUCGUCAAGUACCUCGUGGAACACAAAGCGGACCUGGAAGUAUCGAACCGGCACGGGCAUACGUGCCUGAUGAUUUCGUGUUACAAAGGACACAAAGAGAUUGCGCAGUAUUUACUCGAAAAGGGGGCAGAUGUUAACAGAAAAAGUGUCAAAGGUAACACUGCAUUGCAUGAUUGUGCAGAGUCUGGCAGUUUGGACAUCAUGAAGAUGCUUCUUAUGUAUUGUGCCAAGAUGGAAAAGGAUGGUUAUGGAAUGACUCCCCUCCUCUCAGCAAGUGUUACCGGUCACACGAACAUUGUGGAUUUUCUGACUCACCACGCACAGACGAGCAAGAAAGAACGGAUCAAUGCUCUAGAGCUUCUGGGAGCUACAUUUGUAGACAAGAAAAGAGAUCUGCUUGGGGCCUUGAAAUACUGGAAAAAGGCCAUGAACAUGAGGUACAGUGACAGGACUAAUAUAAUUAGCAAGCCAGUACCGCAGACACUAAUAAUGGCUUACGAUUACGCCAAGGAGGUCAACAGCACAGAAGAGCUGGAAGGUCUCAUUGCUGACCCCGAUGAGAUGCGGAUGCAGGCCCUGCUAAUUAGAGAGCGGAUUCUUGGCCCUUCGCAUCCUGACACCUCGUACUAUAUUAGAUACAGGGGCGCAGUCUAUGCGGACUCUGGAAACUUCAAACGAUGCAUCAACCUUUGGAAGUAUGCCUUGGAUAUGCAGCAGAACAAUUUGGACCCUUUAAGCCCAAUGACUGCCAGCAGCUUGUUGUCUUUUGCAGAACUGUUCUCUUUUAUGCUACAGGAUCGGGCCAAAGGCCUGCUGGGCACCACCGUCACAUUUGACGAUCUUAUGGGCAUUCUGUGCAAAAGUGUCCUUGAAAUAGAGCGGGCUAUCAAACAGACGCAGUGUCCGGCCGACCCGCUGCAGUUAAACAAGGCCCUCUCCAUUAUCUUGCACUUGAUUUGCUUGUUAGAAAAAGUUCCUUGUACUCUAGAGCAGGACCAUUUCAAAAAGCAGACCAUAUACAGGUUUCUUAAGCUGCACCCGCGGGGAAAGAAUAACUUCAGUCCUCUUCACCUGGCCGUGGACAAGAAUACCACGUGUGUGGGGCGCUACCCCGUGUGUAAAUUUCCGUCUCUGCAGGUGACCGCCAUACUGAUCGAAUGCGGUGCUGAUGUGAACGUCAGAGACUCCGACGACAACAGUCCCCUGCACAUCGCGGCUCUCAACAACCAUCCGGACAUCAUGAAUCUCCUUAUUAAAUCAGGUGCACAUUUUGAUGCCACAAACUCGCACAAACAGACCGCUAGCGACUUGCUGGACGAGAAGGAAAUAGCUAAAAAUUUGAUCCAGCCCAUAAACCAUACCACCCUGCAGUGUCUCGCUGCCCGUGUCAUAGUGGAUCACAGAAUAUAUUACAAAGGGCACAUCCCAGAGAAGCUGGAGACCUUCGUGUCCCUUCACAGAUGAUGACGGGACCGCGUGCGCUGCCGCAGCGCGGGUCGGCGCCCGUCGUGUCAGAGCCGAGCACUGUCGUGAUGACACCAGCAUCCACUUGGCUUGAUCUCCUCGUGCUCUCAUUGGCUAAAGCCCGGAAGCGCCCGACUGACAGGAUUGGUUUCCCAGUAUUUAAUAUAAAUAUACCAUAUAAUAUAUUGUUUGUGAAUUGAGAAGUAUAACGUCCUCUUCAAAUUUCUGAAAUUGUCUGCCAAAGGCUUACCUGUUCUGGUUUUGUUUGCUGUUGGGUGUUUGGGGCAGAGUUCACCGUUUUUCAGUGGUGUCUUUAUACUUUACUGGUUUGUGAAUUUUAUACGAUCGAGGGUCUUUUUUUCCCUGCUUCUUCCUUCUCUUCUCCAAGCUUCUCCCCCGUUUCCGCUUCCUUUAUUUUCCUAACCAUGUCUACUUCUGAGUCCCCCCGCCCCCCUCAGGGACCCACGCUGGGUCUCGCACCCUUUCUGGACCUGCUAACCAUUUGCAGUUACCAUAAGUGCUUUAUCUUCUCUAUGCACCGGCUUAAACUUGACUGUUGUAUGUUAGCACAUUUUCUAUGCAGCAGUUGGUCGACUUCGACUCAGAACACUGUUCCGUUUCAUUACGAAGUUCAUUUUGUGAAAGUGGUGCUCUCUGUAGCAUGACCGCUUUUAGGGCCCCAGGUUCGCUACCCGAGCUCAAGCCUUUUUGUUUCUUUGUCUCUCCGUCUUCACUUCUGAGGUGUCUCUCUCUAUUCCACUGAAAUGAUGGUGUGCUAAAUUUGGGAAACAAAUCUGUUCUAACUCAUUAACCCAGUUGAAAUUUAGGUCUGUCAUCUUAAUAUGUCACGGAGUACCAGGAGAACCUUUAUAAAGCGACCCACCUUUCGUGCCGCACCGGCCCCGGCCCGCUUGUGCUGAGGAUGCGAUUAGGUGUAGAGCAUUUGCUUCAGUUUAACUUCCAAGGUUACCACACUGCUUUCACGAGUCACACUGACGUAAUUCCGCACUCGAACCGCAGAUCACUUUUAGUUACCAAAAGAGCUAACGCAUGUCCGUGGCAUGAUGCUUGCCGAGCCAGAUCUAGGCAUCUAGGAUAAUUCAAGUAUUUUAGUAUGCAAUUUACUGCCCUAGUCUCUGAGGUCGGUAGAGUGUCCAUUCUUUCUUUCUUCCAGCCUAUGUAUACCUUUAAAGAUAACUUGCAUGAAUUACUUUGGUCUCAGUUAUUUGUCACCACAGUUAAACACAGAAGGUUGCAGUGUUUUCUGUUCCCUCACUGACAGUUAGCUUUGCUCUGCCUUCCUUUUUUUGUGUGUUGUCUGUCUGUUUCUGCAAACGGCUUUGCCAACGCCACCACACACAGAAAGGGCUCUUUUAAGAAAAGAUAAAAGUACUAAAAAAAAAAAAAAAAGAUUCAGGUAAUUCUCAUUCAGCACUUUAUUGUUAUUCAGAAUGAAAUUUAUGAUGGCACAUUUGCCCUGCAAAUGUCUUAAUGAGAUUGUUCAGAAUAAAAAAGCUCCUCAUUUGUUGGAGAAAAACUCAAGUUUACCUGUGAGUCUGAUGAGCUGGAUCACUUGGGUUUUUGCUUCCAUUUUGUUCCGGGGGAUUUGAUGUAAUGGUAUUUAAGGAGUCAUCCCUGCAAAGAAUCACAUUAGGUUUAUUUCAUCUUUAUUCAGUACAAAACUCGUAGUGCACAGUAGUGACUAAAAAAAGGAUUAGAUUUCCUUUCUGGUUAAAUAAUUGAGGUUUAAUUUUUUUUAAAGAAAAGAUAUCCUUAUUUUACUAGGUUGUGAAUUGAAUUUCACCAUUGAAAAGGGUGAAGGGGAUGUAAGUGGUCACUCUGCAGCCUUUCGAUGAAGAGGUUUUUAAAACCGUAUUUACCACGGGCAAAUUUGCUGGGAUGUUUGAGCUGCCACAUACAUUAGUAAUUUGUGAUUUAGACAAAUAUGCUGGAAAUCUCAGACAUCAGUGUUUGGAAAUCAUUUGCCUCUCCCCUCGUGGUAUAAGAAUUAUACAUGCAUGAGCUACUUGUUUUUAAAAAGGGAAACUUGGUAAGGACAGUAAAUCUGCACCAGUAGAUCUCAGUAAUUUGGGGGUAAAUGACGAGCAAUCGGAUUUUUAAGUGAGCUAACAUUUCCUUCUUUUUUGGGAGGCAAUCAGAGGGCUUCCGUGCUUGUAUAGUAACACACACCUCACUGUACUUGACAGGUGAACUUGAAUUGUACAACUCUAGUGCAACUAAGGAUUUCUUGACGUACCAGUUUCCACCACUAAAUGCUGAUCACUUAGAACUGUUCUUGAGGCUUGAGAACGGAAACGCCUCAUUUCAGUUAGGGUACAAUUCUCUGUUCACCACCAGACGCUGUUCGGAGCUCUUGAAAAUUCAGUUAGUUUGGUAGCUGAGAAUGAUUUUCUUUUGGAGGAGGUUGGUUAAUAAACGUGACCUUGGACGCUGUGAAGGCCUUUGUCAGAACGUAUUCUCAAAGUCAUUCUCGACUGAAUUAAAAACAAAUAAUUAAAUUUGUUACUUAUUUUUAAUCACAAAUGAGUACUUUAAUACUUGGUGAGCUAAGUACACUCGUGGGAGUCGAACUAAACCAUACACUGUAGCAUGGUGAUGUUGGCUGGAGUUUAUACGUUUUGGUGACACUUCUGUCCAAAUGCCCUGUUAAGGCCUGCUGAGUUUUCAAUGUUCCGCUACCGAUCAUUCCUGGAAAAGAAAUGCUCAUUUUACUCAGAUUAGAUACCAGUCUACUUUCUGAAGACAAGUGGAUUAUAGGGUUAAAAAAAAAGUCAUUUUCUUUCCAUGAAUCUGACAUGGGCUUAAAAUCCAGAUCAGCAGAAAGUAAUGUGGUACCCAUGACGAUUUUAAGGUUGAGCAGUUGCUCACUUACAAAGCGACUACCUUAAUGUAUAAUAUUUUAGAGACCCCCAUCUACUGUGACUUGGGAAAGUUCUUUCAUGUUUGUAUAUGAAAAAGUAGCUCUUGAAAAUCAUUUUGCCCAGCUGAAACUUUAGGUUGAAUUUUACAGGUAAAAUAAUCCUUGUGCUUAUCAGAAUUGUGGGAGCCAGGUGAGAUAAUAACCAUUUCCUCGCACAAUGCGACGGCAGCGUUCUUGCUUGGAACCGUCGCCAUUUUAGAGUUAGAUCCUAGGGAAACUAAUUGGUCAUCAUCCUUCCUCUUCUCUCUUUUUUUCUUUUUCUCCUCCCCUCCCCCACAUAUCACUAAACAACUAGUUUCUCCCUUUUGUCACUUUCCAUGGCGUAUUUUUCAGAAGAAGUACUGUAUUCAGAUGCCAGCCAAUUGUCACAUAUGGAAAAUAAUAUGCCACAACAUUCAUUGUAAGGUUUAAUAAAAUUAAAUUUGCACCAAA